AUGUCGUCGCCUCCGCAAAAAGCCAACCGCCGAGCGCCUCAGGCCUCUGCCCCGCCCACCUUGUCUCAUACUCCCACCAGCUCCGCCACAGCCGCUGCCUCAGCCACUGCCUCAGCCACUCCAAUGCAAGCCACCCCCUCCUCUCUACGCUCUCCCACCGUCUCUCAACCCUUUAUCUACCCCAUGCGCUCUGCUGUCAGCAUUAAACCGCUCAAAAACGACCUUUCCACUUCACAUCCGCCAGACGCCCCAAUCUCGGCUGCCAAAUCCGCCUCACGGCCAGCGUCAGCAGAAGGUCCUAAAUCGUCGCCUACAAAAUUUCCCACUUUCAAACCACCUCCAUCCGCCCCACAUGCCAGCCAUCAAGCUCACCACCCCGAAGAGGUGCACAACGUCACCGAUCCCGCUACAGCCGACAUCACGGUGCCAGUCAACAAAGACGAGUCCCUCUGCGACCAUCCCGAGCAUCUCACCACCACUCGCUUCGAACAUGUCAAGACCGACGAAGGGCAUAUGAUCCUCACAGGCCGCGGAGGAAAGCUCGCCCGUUGUGAAGACGAGCCUAUCCACAUUCCAGGCGCCGUUCAGUCGUUUGGCUGCAUGAUUGUCGUCCGUAUCUCCCCAGACGGCGAGAUGCUGGUUCGUCAGGCCUCGGAAAACUCUGCUGCCAUCCUCGGCAUGUCGCCCUCGUACCUCUUCAGCCUGCCCACCUUCCUCGAUCUCUUUGACGAUGACCAGGCAGACCUACUUUGGGACAACAUUGAUACGCUCGACCAAUCCAGCCAAGACCUUGCCGAGUCAGGGCCCACCGUCUUUCAGCUGCGCGGAUACGACAUGGCGAGCUACGACGAGCGCGUCUCCCGUGGUGUGCAGCGAAACAGGUGGAACACCUGGUGCGGUGCCCACAUCCCCGAUCGCAGAAACGACGGUCAAGCCGAGCUUACCGUCGUCCUCGAGUUUGAAUUGGUCGACGAUCUCACCAAUCCCAUCUCCACUUCUUCGCCUCCCGCCACACCGCUAGACGAUCGCGAAAGCCACUCUGGCAACGGUCCUGGUCUCGGUCUGGCUGCAGGCUGGAUCAGGCCCGAUCAGCCCACUAGUUCACGUCAAGACUCGUCUCCCGUCACCAUCGGAACUGUCUUAUCAAGCAGUAACGCCUCCAGCGUCGGUCCACGAGCCGGUCUCGAAGGCCUUGCCUACACGCCUUCGCCCAACGAGCUGCAUGAAUCAACGCACGCCAUCCACAAGCCGCUCAAGGCGCUCUCACGCAUGCGUCGCAACGCCGAGAUCAAGUCACAGACUCGCAGCCGUCGUCCUGCCGUCCUACCCAACGCUGGCGGAGCCGACGGCACCGGAGGCAUACUCGACUUGUUUGGCAUCCUCAGUCAGGUCAACGAUCAGCUCGCAGCACAAGCCGACCUCAACGAGUUCCUCAAAGUGCUCGUCGGCAUCAUCCGCGACAUCACUCUCUUCAGUCGUGUCAUGAUCUACCAGUUUGACGAGGCUUGGAACGGUCAGGUCGUGUGCGAGCUCGUCGACUGGAACGAUUCGCACGACCUCUACCGCGGUCUCCACUUUCCCGCCACCGACAUUCCCGCUCAGGCGCGCGCCCUCUACAAGAUCAACAAGGUGCGACUCCUCUACGACCGCGAUCAACCCACCGCACGCAUGAUUUGCCGCGACCAGGCCGAUCUCGAUUUCCCGGUCGACAUGACCCACGCUUUCAUUCGCGCCAUGUCGCCGAUCCAUAUCAAGUAUCUCACCAACAUGGGCGUUCGCUCCUCCAUGUCGGUCUCCAUCACCGCCUUUGGCGAGCUCUGGGGUCUCAUCUCUCUUCACAACUAUGGCGCACACGGAAAACGUGUCUCGUUCCCCAUUCGCCAACUGCUGCGCCUCAUCGGCGAAUCCGUUUCGAGCAACAUCGAACGACUCAGCUACACACGCAGGUUGUCUGCCCGUAAGCUGAUCAACACCUUGCCCACCGAUCAGAAUCCAAGCGGUUACAUCAUCUCAAACGCCGAGGAUCUGCUGACGCUCUUUGACGCCGACUACGGAGUCAUCGCUGUUGGUAACGAGGCCAAGAUCCUUGGUCCUCUCAAUGCGAGUCAGGAAGUGCUAGCGGUCACCGAGUUUUUGCGACUCAAAAAGUUUGAACACCUCGUCACCUCACAGGACGUACACCGCGACUUUCCCGACAUGGUACUAUCAACAGGACUUCACGUCAUCGCCGGUCUGCUCGUCGUACCCUUGUCCGGCAGUGGCGUUGAUUUUAUCGCCUUUCUUCGCAAAGCGCAGCUGCGCCACGUCAAUUGGGCAGGAAAGCCUUUCAAAGAGGGCAAGGAGGGCGAAGCUAUCCUCGAGCCACGAAAGUCGUUCAAGGUCUGGUCCGAGACCGUCGAGGGAACCUGUCGCGCUUGGAAGGACGAGGAGCUCGAGACUGCUUCCGUGCUCUGCCUCGUCUACGGAAAGUUUAUCUCCGUCUGGCGCCAGCGGGAGCAAGCGCUUCACUACAACCAGCUCAACAGGCUCCUCCUCUCCAACGCGAGUCACGAGGUGCGCACGCCGCUCAACCACAUUAUCAACUACCUCGAGCUGGCGCUCGACAGCAAGUUGGACGAAGACACGCGCGAAAACUUGAGUAAAUCGCAUCUCGCCUCCAAAAGUCUGCUCUUUGUCAUCAAUGACUUGCUCGACCUCACCAAACAAGAGAUCGGCAACGAGCUUUUCCUCCAAGAGCCAUUCGAUCUCGCCGCAACCGUGCGCGAGGCGGUCGAGAUGCACGAGUGGGAGGCCAAGCGACGCAAGAUUGAUUUCUCGGUGACCACCAACCCGGACGUUUGUCUAGUCCUCGGCGACAAGAAUCGCGUGCGCCAGGUCAUCACCAAUACCGUCACCAACUCGGUCAAAUACACACGUGCAGGUCAGAUCAUCGUCUCGAUGCGAAAACGCAACGAAGACGAACGCGAAGCCGAUCUGCCCGAUGGCUGCGACAUGGAGGUGGAGCUUGUAGUUAGCGACACCGGUGAAGGCAUCCCGCAGGAGAAACUCGAAGUCAUCUUUAGGGAGUUUGAACAGGUCGAAUCUGUCAUCGCCCAACCCGGUCGUCAGGAUCUGUCCGAGCCCGAAGGGAGCGAGGCAAGCCUUUUGCGCACCGAACCGUCCGACAGCGGUCUCGGCCUUGGUCUUGCCAUUGUGGCGCGUGUCGUCAAGAACUUGGGCGGACAGCUGCGUGUCGAUUCGCAGGUGGGUGAAGGAACCUCUUUUACCUACUACAUUCCCUUUUGCUCCGCCGAGACGACCACACCGACCGAGAUGCCGCCUAUCGGCAGCAGUGGUGGCAGUGGAACCAAACGCAGCAGCGAUACCAUUUCAAUGCGCCGCUCCACCUCGAUGGGCAGCGGCAGCGCUAGUUCGGCGGGCAGGAGCGAGAUCGAUUCGCUUGUCGAGGCCAUUCAACAGCCUGUGCUGCGUGAUCAGGCGACGUCCGAAGACGUUGUCGCACGGAGGCGAACCGCCGAAGGCGUUUCACCUGGCCUCAUCCAUGGUUCCAAGAUUGUCUCGGCUGGAUCUAUCCAUCGACCCGAGUACGCAGCGCAACGCACCCGCUCGUUUGACAGCGGUUCGCAUCCAGUCGAGGGAAGCGGUAUUCCUGUGCGAUCGGUCAAGAUCAACCCGCAGGCGCUCGAUGCCAACGACCGCGCUGAUCGUCGACCUGCCAGCAGUUCUGCCUUCCUAUUGAGCGCGACAACGCAUGCAAGGCCAGUGAAACCCAGCCAUACCAGCGCUGCCGAGUCGUUCAAGGCCGAGGUGGAGCAACGCUUUCGCGACAAGGUGCCUCAGCUCGCGCAAGCUACGCUGCCAGUCGACGCUAGCAAGCUUCGAUCUUGCCAGAUGGCGGACAAGGAAGCGACUGUCUCGCCAACGACGCGCGCCAAAAGCGGCGUCGAGGCACCGCAGAACGAGGCCGUCUCGCCCGAUUGCGGAGAUGUGCACAUGGCAAAGCGGUCGUCGGAUGAGCGUCGUAGCUCGUCCUCGUCGAGUGUCGCCAAGCGCAGACUGGCGGUGAUGCGUGGUCUUCACAAGGCUCCAGGUGGACGCGGUGAGAAGAUCGCUCCGCUGCGUGUGCUGGUGGUGGAAGACGAUCCGAUCAACCGCAUGAUUCUCAAGAAGCGACUUGGUUUGGAUGGACACACGACGCUGCUCGCAGUUAACGGCGAGGAAGGUGUGCGUCAGUUUGAACAAGACGCUAAAGAGAUUGACGUCAUCUUGAUGGACCUGCAGAUGCCGAUCUGCAAUGGGCAAGAGGCAUGCAUCCGCAUCCGCGAUCUGGAGCACAAGUGGGCCGAGAGGGGCGAGCAAGCGGACCGUCCCGCUUCGCAGAUUCUGAAUGGUCGUGUGCCUAUUCUAGCGGUGUCUGCGACAUUGGUGCCGCAGAUGCGCCAAGAAAUGGUCGACAUCGGAAUGGACGGAUGGCUACUCAAGCCGAUCGACUUUGCGCGUCUCGGCGCGCUGUUGAAGGGGUUGCUGCAUCCGGAAGAUCGGGUUGCCAAUCAUUGGAGGUCGGGCUACGUCUGGGAGAAGGGAGGUUGGUUGUCAGAGCCGGCGCAGCGGUCUGUGCUUGUUGCGCCAUCCGCGGUUUCCGAGAUGAUAGGCCACUCUUCCUCGAACGCCUCGAACGCCAAUCCGCUCAGUCCGCCGCUCAGCUCGCCCAGUGCGUGA